UUGGGAUUGGAUUUUAUGAGUUUUCUUUGACAGAUUUAUUUAAUGUUACAUUGUACGGAAUUACAACAAGUAUUUUAAGUUUAUUGAAGCUAUUCAGUUAAAAUAAAAUGUCGUCUUUCCUCAUCGUUUAGUAAUGUAUCCCCAAAAUUUCUCUGCAUUUUGGAAUAACAGAUUUGCGCCUGUGUUGAACAUUCAUCUGGACGGAUACAGCACUACCCUACCACACCUUCCUUCGACAAGAAAACUCCUUUAAACUUAUCAGCUGAAUACAAUUAUAAAGAACAAGAGCAGUAUUAUUUGGAUUACUUUUACCUGAACAUGUUAUGCCAACUUGGAUGGCGUGGCUUUUGAGGGAACCUAACCCUGGUUGAUUUAAUUCUUCACAAUUGUGGUGGAGUUAACUUUUGACUAUUCUUUAGAAGACUACAGCAAUACAAUAUCAAAAUGGAUCAAGCAGGCGGUGGAGAAGAUCCUAAUAAAUCCAGUAAAAAGAAAGAAAAAGAGGAUGAAAGUAAAAACAAAAAGCUGAACAUACACAUAAAAACAUUGGCCGACGACAUGCGUGACCGAAUCACCAGUUUCCGGAAGACAGGGAAUAAGAAGGACAAGCCCCUGAUUCAGCACUCUACAGACCCGCUGUCUACCCAAGUAGAGAUGCCCAUGCCCCAACCUCUCUUCGAUGACCGUUCUAUGAAUCUCUCUGAAAAAGAGAUUAUCGACCUCUUUGAGAAGAUGAUGGAGGAUAUGAACCUGAAUGAAGAGCGCAAAGCCCCUCUGCGUGGGAAGGACCUGAGCACGAAGCGAGAGAUGGUUGUCCAGUACAUUUCCGCCACUGCAAAAUCUGGAGGACUGAGGAACAGCAAGCAUGAGUGCACACUGUCGUCACAGGAGUACGUCCACGAGCUGCGCUCUGGCAUCACUGAGGACAAGCUGCUCAACUGCCUGGAGUCCCUUCGCGUCUCUCUCACCAGCAACCCUGUCAGCUGGGUGAACAACUUUGGUCAUGAAGGCCUGGGACUGCUCUUAGAUGCCUUGGAAAAGUUGCUGGAUAAGAAACAGCAAGAAGGUAUUGAUAAAAGGAACCAGCAUAAGUUGAUCCAAUGUCUGAAGGCCUUCAUGAACAAUAAGUAUGGACUGCAAAGAAUUCUGGGAGAUGAGCGGAGCUUGCUUCUCCUGGCCAGGGCAAUUGACCCCAAGCAGACCAGCAUGAUGACUGAGAUAGUCAAAAUCCUCUCAGCUGUCUGUAUCAUUGGAGAGGAGAACAUCCUGGAUAAGAUCCUGGCUGCCAUGACGAUUGCGGCGGAGAGGAACAACAAGGAGAGAUUUGCUCCGAUAGUGGAGGGACUGGAGAAUCACGAGGCCCAACAACUCCAGGUGGCAUGCAUGCAGCUGAUCAAUGCCUUGGUCACCUCUCCGGACGAUCUGGACUUCAGGAUACAUCUGCGCAAUGAGUUCCUCCGCUGUGGCCUGAAGAAGAUCCUACCGGAGCUGAAAGAGACUGAGGAACUGGACAUCCAACUAAAGGUGUUCAACGAGAACAAGGAGGAGGACUCCAUUGAGCUCUCCCAUCGCCUCGAUGACAUCCGAGCAGAGAUGGAUGAUAUGGGUGAGGUGUACCAUCUACUGUCCAACAUGGUGAAAGACACAGGGUCCGAGACCUAUUUCCUGUCCAUCCUGCAGCACCUUCUCCUCAUCAGGAAUGACUACUACAUCAGACCUCAGUACUUCAAGGUGAUCGAGGAAUGUGUCUCUCAGGUAGUUCUCCAUCGCAGUGGGAUGGACCCAGACUUUGGAUACAGGGAGAGACUGGAUGUGGACUUCACCCACCUCAUUGAUCAGUGUGUGGAUAAAGCCAAAGUGGAGGAGAGUGAAUUGAAGGCUGGCGAAUUCUCCAAAAAGUUCGAUGAGGAGUUCAGUGCUCGGCAGGAGGCCCAGGCUGAGUCUCAGAAGAAGGAGGAGAAAAUCAAAGAGUUGGAAGCACAAAUCCAGGCCCUGCUGACCCAGGUAAUGACACCAGUAGAGAAAGGGGGUCUUGACGGCCCCCCCCCACCUCCGCCCCCACCCGGCGGGUGCCCUCCACCUCCUCCCCCGCCUCCGCCCCCUCCUGGGCAUGCCUCAUUGCUGCCACCACCCCCGCCACCUCCAGGUGGAGGGCCACCCCCACCUCCCCCUCCACCUGGGUGUGGACCACCACCACCUCCGCCCUUCCCCGGGGCACCGGGCAUCCCUCCACCUCCUAUGAUGGCCCCGCCAGUCAUCAAGCUGCCUUAUGGACUGGAGCCCAAGAAGACUUACAAACCAGAGGUCGUCAUGAAGAGGGUCAACUGGUCUAAGAUAGUGCCUCAGGAAAUGGCAGAGAAUUGCUUCUGGAUCAAAGUCAAAGAGGAGAGGUUUGAGAACGAAGACCUCCUUGCCCAGCUCUCCCACAGCUUUUCCUCCAGGACCAAAGUGAAAAAGGAGGUGGAUGAGACGGACAACAAGGCGACGCAGUUCAAGAAAAAAGCGAAGGAGCUGCGAAUCUUGGAUGGCAAGACGGCGCAGAAUUUGUCAAUUUUCCUGGGCUCGUUCCGGCUGCCUUAUGAAGAGAUCCGGGAUAUUGUUCUAGAGGUGGAUGAGGAGAGGCUGAGUGAAUCGCUGAUCCAGAACCUGAUAAAGAACCUACCAGAGCAGAAGGAACUGAGCGCACUGGCAGAACUCAAGAGCGAGUACGAGGAGUUGUGUGAGCCAGAGCAAUUUGGCAUUGUGAUGAGCUCUGUGAAGCUGCUACGCUCACGCCUUAAUGGCAUCCUCUUCAAGCUGACCUUUGAAGAGCAGGUGAACAACAUCCGGCCGGACAUAAUGAACGUGACGUUCGCCUGUGAGGAGGUGAAGAAGAGCGACAGCUUUAGCAAGCUGCUGGAGAUGGUGCUGCUGGUUGGCAACUACAUGAACGCUGGCUCCCGGAAUGCCCAGACCUUCGGCUUCCACAUCAGCUUCCUAUGCAAGCUUCGGGACACUAAAUCGGCUGACCAAAACACAACACUUCUCCACUUCCUGGCCGAAAAGUGUGAAGAGAAGUACCCAGAAAUCCUGAGGUUCCCCGAAGAGCUGGAGCAUGUGGACAGUGCUAGCAAAGUUUCUGCCGAGAUCCUGAAAAGCAGUCUCAGCACCAUGGAGCGACACAUUCAGAGACUAGAAAACGACAUAGAAAACUUCCCCAAGACGGACAACGAGAAGGAUAAGUUUGUGGAAAAACUGUCUAGCUUCUCCAAGCAUUCGCGGGAGCAGUACGAGAAGCUGUCCAACAUGCACAAGAACAUGCAGAAGCUGUACGAGAGCCUGGGGAGCUACUAUGCCUUCGACCCCCACACUGUCAGCAUCGAGGACUUCUUUGGUGACCUGGCCAACUUCCGUACCCUCUUUUUAGAAGCGCUGAAGGAGAACCACAAGAAGAGGGAGAUGGAGGAGAAGAUCAAGAGGGCCCGACUGGCGAAGGAGAAAGCGGAGCGCGAGAAGCUGGAGCGCCAGCAGAAGAAAAAGCAGUUGAUUGACAUGAACAAAGAGGGAGGUGAGAAUGAGACCGGUGUGAUGGACAGCCUGAUGGAGGCCCUGCAGUCUGGAGCGGCCUUCCGCGACCGCCGAAAACGAACCCCGCGCAACGGUGAUCAAAGUCCAUCCAGUCCUUCGUCUCGGUGGCCGGGUGCUAACCAUGACAACCGACGCGUGGUCUUGGAAAGGUCUCGCUCACGCCACGCCGCAAACCCCCAAGCUCGAUGAUGGCCCGAGCUUACCAGAAGACGUUAGACAAGUGCCAAAGAGGCCUGCGUGGAGACUCUGAGGAUGUCUUGUAGACGGGAUGGACCCUAGCCAUGUGGCACAUCCAGACACAUGUACACACACACAUAUAUAUACAUACAAACACACACAGAACGUAUAAUUGUACACACACUUCCAUAUACAAACCCACUGCCAGCUCCUUAAGACAGAACUGAGGAGCUCUGACAACAUCAUAUUGUUUGACCGCCUUACAUAUUUAUUCACUACUUUCUCAAGGCUUUACAUGUAUAUGACUGUCUGGAGCUUGGGUUGUUUAGACGCUUUGGUUGUUUGAAAACAAUAUUUUUAUUUUGGAUGUCUAUGUUGUUGGGUCCCCCCCCAUUUUUUAAAUGAACUCUUUUCAUGCUUGGCCACACAAUUGCCCUUUAGGUUCACAGAACUUUAGUAUAGCUUUCACGACCCUAUUGAACACUGCCACCCCUGUCCUUUCCUCUGUGGUCACCUCCUUUGGAUGGAUGCAGUUUUCAAGUAUGAAAUGUAAGUAGUAAUGUAGCUAGAUAAUAGACUUACUGCCAGAAAAGACUGACAGCAUUAUAUUAUAGGUUUAUCUGCACAACGUUUUUUUCACUAACCACUUCAAAAUGUUCCUUAUUUUUGCUUGUAUUCAACACAUCCAGUUAUUGACUGUCACCGCUGGUCGAAAAAGUAUGUUUCUGUGAUUUUGUUUUUUUCUUUCCCCGCAUCAAACCAUUUCAUAUCUCACAAUCGCGCAUUAGUGAUCUUUAGAGUAUAUGACUGAAUUCUCCAUAUUAUGUGGAAAAGAGAGCCAUGUAUUUAUUGUUUUUGGUGUUUUUCAGUCCCUCCGAUUUCAAAUUCCUCCUAAGGCACUAUAAAGCUGUUCACCUUAUUGUGCGUGAAAUCUGAAAUGUAUCUAGAUGAUCUCCCAAAUAGCUAUCAAGAGUUAACAUACUUAACCAUCAGCAGUCAAACUUUUGAAUGAACUUCUGUCAUUAGCAUGCUAAGCCAUUUGCUUGUCAGAGAUGGAAAGACACGUUAAGGUUUUGAGGACGGUAGCAACCUUUGGUUUUAGUGUGUUCAUAUUUUUCUCAUGUAUUCGUUUUUUCAGAAGCUAUUCUAUGAAAGGCCCUGUUCUGUGUGGUCAGUGCUAAGUGCUCUUCGGUUACAAAAAAAAAUCUGCUAACUGCAGUAUAACCUGCACUGUCUUUCACAGUCAUUUGUCGACAUGUCACAUUAAAACAAAAUGACCAUAUCAAAGGGAAAAAAAGUCAAAUUAAUCUAGGCUAGUUCGGUCAACCUGGAAAAGAAAGCUGUGAGCAUUGUGACCACAGUAAGGAGCCACUUUAGGUGAACUUAUUUGCACCACAUAUUUAUUCCCAUAAUCACCAUAAUCACCUAAAGCCUGCUUGUCCCUUACAUGUCUGACUAGAAAGAAGAUGCGAGAGAGAGAGAUAUCCGCUUUGCCCCAUAAGGAAAGCGUAGCCAUUAUAUUCAGGCUCUAUGCAGAUAUUAUGGUGGCUGUCUUGGUAAGGGAAAGCUUGCCCUAGCCUGCACCACUGCUUAUGGCAUGAGUAACCGCUUGUCAUAAUAUUACCCUAGCCCUGCCGGCGUGAAUGUGUGCAGCAAAUCAACCCCUCCCCGAGAUCGGAACAGAAGCUCUGGAGAAUAGCGACCCACCGUGCUUGACUUAUGGCUGAGUAGAUGAAGUUGCCGUUUAAACAUUCUGCCAAACGAGGUGCGAGAUGAACCGGUUCGCCGCGCUUCUCGUCUUUGAAGCCUUGGAGGCCAAGUUUAAUCAAUUCGAUCUAUCUGUUAAUUCUAUUCAUACAGUUCAAGGUGCAUGAGAGUCACCUGGGAGAAGUGGGCAUAUUCAAGAAAGGCAAUGAGUCCUGUAAUGUAUAUGUAAGACGAGGUCGUGAAGUUAGAGAAGCUUCGUCCUGAGGGGCACAGCUUUUCUAUGCCCAGUGCAGUACUUUUGACCAGAACCAUGUGUGACCAGGUGAAAAGUAGCGUACUAUAUAUGGAUAUAUAGGAUAUAUAUAUAUAUAUAUAUAUAGGGAUUAUGUUUCCAUUUGGGAUACGGUCUGAAACACUGAAAGGGCACCAUCUUCACAAAGGAGUGGAUUAACCACAGAUCUGGCUUCUUGCAACACAUCACAUACACAAGAGAUCCAGCACUGCCAAAGGCGCUCUUUUUUUUCCUUUUCUUUUUUGAAUUAAAAACUGCCCCUUGUGCUCAAUUCUACCAUCACACAGGAUGCAAACUACUGUUUCCUUAACACUCCUUUUCUUGAACACCCACCCAUGCAACACUAUGUACGAUGUCCAUACCCAAGGCAUUUGAUUUGUAACGUACCCCAGCUACACAACAUACUCUGUGAAAUUCUGGGAUGAGAGGAAUGCUCCUGACUCCUCUUUUGGGUUUAUUCAAUUUAGUUUCUUUGUAUAAUUACACUGAUAAAUUGUUGUUUUAUCCUCCUUUAAUCAAAUGUAUUUUUUUGACAUGUGCCAAGUUUGUAUUCAAAACAUGAAGAACUGUUACAGAAAGGUGACUGGAUACUCAGUUUAGAUGUUUUGUUUUUGUAUUCAUCAAAGGGAUAGAUAUCUCUCCUAGUGAAGUGACAUCAUAGCUAAGUUUAUACAGAAUGAAAUUUAGAUUUUUACCCUGGUAGCAAACUCUAAAAAGAAGUUAAAUCAUCUCUUAAAUAGUUCAUUGACCCAUUGAAAAUAGCGAAUUGUGACAUGAUUACACCUAAUAGAAAAUAAUUUCCAUGCAAAUAUCAUCUAAUAACAUUUCAAAAUGCAUACAUAAGAUUUUGAUUUUGUAUUAAAUGUUAAAGUGAAUAUGAACCUACAUUUUUAUUUCAUGGUGUCUGAAGCUACCUCCCCCAAUGUCUGAUUGUUGUAUUUUCCCCCAUAGGCUUGGCCCCAAUAAUCUUGUGUGGUAUAGAUAAUACGUGGCAGUUGGCAAAAACUAUUUUCAGUGGACUAACACAGUGGAGUAUCUUUGAUUGGGCCGAGCCAUCUCAACCUCACCACUCCUUGCCACUAAAGACAGUAUUCCUUCUUGAGAUCUGCUCUACGUUGUCCAUAUCAGGACAACAUUGUUGCUAUUUUUUUUCACCCAAAUCUCCUGUUGAUUAUUUCCAUGAAGGCCAGAACUUUGCGUCAAACGAUCUCAAGUCAGAGGCCUCUGAUAUGGAAAACCAAGCAUAAGAGUUACAUUGGUCAAUAGAGGCAGGAAAUAGGUUAAACUAUUAGGUGCCACUGAUUUGGAGUCAGUUGGUUUCUAACUGGUUCAGGGAGAGAGAUGCAGUUUGGAAACCACAUUCACAUUGACGGUGCACCAACUAUUCUUUUUUGAGCAACAGGAAUGUGUUGAUCUCAAGUUGAUGCUUGCUGCAUUUUUCAGAAACCGAGAGAACUACUUGCAAAUGUCCUUUUAAGCAAAUUGUUUAUUACUGCUACAUUUACAAGUACUGUAUCUCACACAUUCUUUGUGUACUAUAAUUUGCCAAUGAAAAAACAUGAAUGAAGUGAAAAUAAAUAACAAUGUUAACAUGAUGUAUGCUGCCAUAUCCCUGCCUACCCUCUGAUUUGAUCACAUUGACUAUUUUAUUUUAAGUUUAUUAGUAUCCAUAAGAUGAAAAAAAGGAUGUACACUGUUCCUACAUUGAGUAUGUAAUGGAAUAUCAUACUAAUAAUAACCAAUUUAUUAUAU